AUACCUCACACGUAAAGACCUUUCCAAAAAUCAAUCAAAAGGAAUAUCACGAAACAAAAAUAAUAGCCUACACGGAAAGACAGAAAAGGAGAGAAAGAGACCCUCCUCAUUGUGAUUGUCAGUAAAGAGAGGCGGGCUGAUAUGUAAAGCCGCAGUCGAGCUCUGCAGCGUCUCGCGCUGCCUCUGCGCGCGUCGCCGCGAGCGCUGUGAUGUGAAUAUUAAUGAUGUUGCGCGAAUCUCCGCGCUCAUUUUCACCGCUUUCACCAAUGUGAGAGAUACAUAUGGACAGCUAUUUAUUUGGUAUCGCUCAGUAACUCCUACUGUUGGUUGACUUGGCACGCAGGGUCCUCGGCUUGUCUCGCCAUCUGUACCCACUUCAUACAGAGCUGCAUGAAACUACCCUAGUGUGGUCCUGAGAGAGGCAUCUGUCACUGUCAUGUGAGGCUAUUGUUGAUUCUUUAUAAACUAUAGACAGGAAGUUUCAAGAGCAGCAUGGCAGAAGCCCCUGUUGGUGAGGACACACCCAAAGAGCAGGAUAGUGCCACCCCACUUACUCAUUACCCCCUGCUGGGGUUUGGGUCUGGUCUGUGGGGGAGAGUACUGAAAGCAAGUGUUACAGCUGGAGCUUUCCUCCUGCUGUACACACUGUCUCAACUCACUGGUUUGUGGGUCCUUUACAUGCUGAAUGGAUACAGGGCUUUUCCAGCAGCACACAAAGUUUUGGAUCUUCUUCAGUACCUUCUCUCCACCAGUGAUGCCUCUGAUCAGCAGGUGGAGAUUUGGAGGGUGGAUAGUUUGUUGCCCCUCAUAGCCACACUCUUCUUAGGCGUAGUCAUCCUUGGUAUUGGAGCUCUGUUCUGCGUUAAAACCCUGGUGCCUGGCAACGCCCCUUGUUUCCCUGAAGACCGGCGUCAGUCAAUGAGCAGGCAACCCUCCUUUACAUAUUCAGAAUGGACAGAUGCUAAACAGGAUGAUUUCUAUGAGUUGGAUGCUGUUCCUGAGACACCUGUGUUUGACUGCUAUAUGGACAUGAAGACUGAGUCAGACCCAGUCUCUCUCACAGUCAAAUCUGUGGGCUUGCAAGAAAGGAGAGGUUCAAACGUGUCACUGACUCUGGACAUGUGCACCCCUGGCACUACAGAACCCUAUGGGGCAUUGCUGUCCCCCAGAGAGCAGAGCACACAUGAAUACCUGCAGAAUGCAUCCAACCUGCUUACACCUGAGGAGCUACACAAGCGUGCACUGGACGAUGCUAUACUGCAGGCUGAGUUCUAUGAGACACCCAUGAACUUUGUGGAUCCAAAGGAAUACAGCAUUCCUGGUGUGGUGAGGAAGAAUCGCUACAAAACCAUACUACCAAACACACAUAGCAGAGUGUGCUUGAAAGCAAAAGAGGAGGGUGAUUUUCUUAGCACCUACAUCAACGCAAAUUAUUUGAAGGGCUAUGGAGGGAGCGAGAAGGCGUACAUUGCCACACAGGGUCCUACUGUAAACACAGUGGGGGAUUUCUGGAGGAUGGUUUGGCAGGAGCACUGUCCCGUUAUUGUCAUGAUCACCAACAUCGAAGAGAAAAAUGAGAAAUGCACAGAAUACUGGCCAGAGGACAGUGUGACUUGUGAGGGUAUCGAGAUCACUGUCGAACAGGUUAUUCAGACAGAUGACUAUAGUCUGAGGAUUUUCACUGUGAAGAGUGAGGGUGAGGAGCGUACUCUCAGACAGUACUGGUACACAUCCUGGCCGGAUCAAAAAACUCCAGAUAAAGCCCCGCCUCUGCUGGAAUUGGUUCAGGAAGUGGAGGAAGCAAGAAAACAGGCUCCUCCCAACAGUGGCCCUGUCAUUGUCCAUUGCAGUGCAGGGAUAGGACGCACUGGCUGUUUCAUUGCUACCUCCAUUUUGUGUCAGCAACUAAGCAAUGAAGGGGUGGUUGACAUCCUGAAGACCACUAGCCAGCUACGCUUGGACAGAGGUGGGAUGAUUCAGACAGCGGAACAGUAUCAGUUUGUUCAUCAUGUACUCAGCCUAUAUGAAAGACAGCUUCGGAAGACCUCAGAAGAGUAGAGCCUCUAUGAGUGCACAACCUUCACACCACUCCUAACAGAGCCGAUGACCUUCAUCUGAACAUAUGCGGCAAGGACUGACGUUCAGUACUUCAUGUCUUAACAAACAACAGUAGUUUAGGUUGAACUAUCUUUUACGAGCAGGCACAAUUUUAGAUUUCAUCUGUUCCUUAAUUCCACCUGCCUGCUCUCCACUCUCCGUAGCCAAUAGCCAAAUCUCAUGCCUAAUCAAGACACCACUCAGUUAUUAAACAUACUUUUUCUGUUCAUCGCCAUUACAGUUACAUAAACUGGUUGUUUAUAAAAUGCACAUUUACUGCCCUAAUAAGAUAAUAAUUCACAGCAGACCAUCAGUGCUCAAACACGACAAUAUUUGUUUGUGUGUAUACUUCAUAUGAAGUGGUUUGGUAUGAACACUAUAACAAGCAGACACAGAUGCCUCCAUUUGAGACUAUGUAAAUUUAACAUUUAAGGACCUCUUCGAUUUCUGAGCCUACAAAUACAGCAAUUUCCUUUUACUGCGAAGACAUUUUUACAGGAUUUAUAACUUAAUGUAACUAAGAUUCUGUGUUUAUAUGUACAAAUAUCAGUUUCACAUGUUGAAAGAGCAACAUCUUGGCAAUCUAAAGUAUGUCAGUAUGUAUGUGUGCGUGACUAAGUGUGUGUUAGUGCUACAGAAAGAGGGGCGAAAGAGAAAAUGUUUACUAUGUGUUAUGAUGAUUAUCAGACUCUGGAUGUGUGGUUGGUCUCAAGGGAGAACUGAGCCUACCACGUUUAAUACAAAAUGGCCUUAAUAUGUGUCUCUCUGUUUUAACUGGGGACCAUGUGGAUGUUUGUAGAUGUUGUUGGGCAGAUCUGAUGGCAGUGUGGUGUUACAGCCUGUCAUAGUCUCAAUAAGUAAGAUUGGGAGAAAGACCAAUCUCAGUACAGAAUGAUUUACAUUUUCCCUGAGCAAACCUUUGCCUUCUUGGUUUGUGUGUUGCUGAAUGCUACAGUAUAUCUUGUGAAAGGUUUUAGUUGGACUCUAAAAAGCAUUGAUGCUGCACCUCAAGGUUUUGUAUGUAUUAAAAUGCCGAAACACUGUAUUCAACUAAUGUUCAAUUUGUAAUUCAUAGCUCGUAUCAAUAGCAGAAUUCAUGACAACAGGACAUAUGUAGUUUGGAUGUUUUUGCCCUGUACGCUUACUGUGACUCAUUAUUACAUUUAUUUUAUUUUCUUGUUUUACUCUGCUUACAUUAUCAUUGUUUCUAUGUGGGUCUGAGUAUCUGAUUAGUUAAGCUGUAUAAUCAGUAUUUGCCCAAGUUGGUAGCUCGUACAGCUUUGCUGAGUCUUGCAGUUUGCAUGAGCAAGUACAUUUAGAACUUCUUUUUAAUUAUGCACAAGAGAAUUUUGAAAUUAUAAGCAGAUGUCUGUGUGUGAUUAUGUGCAAAAGCUUCUCAUAUGGCAGCAUCUCUGUCAGAAUAAGUAUCUUCAAUCAAUGACCUCAUAUGAUCCAGCUGGAAGUACAACACUGGGAGUCAAAUGCAAGUUAUCCUUCAACUUUUUUUAAAAAGAAAGUUACUGCUACUA